AUGAUUAAGGAUUCCUUAAACCACAUAGGUGAUGUCUCUACAGACCAACCAGCUUUGAAAAAAUACAAAAUUGAACAACUGCUGAAGAAUCAGUGCAUUUAUCCAUCACCAUCAAGAACCAUUUCCGUACUUUCCAUUGCCAAUAAACAACAUCCAUUAAAUGUUAAACCCAGUGGAAACACAUUUAUUGCCAUUGAUCCGGAAAUACUAACUAAGAGUCAACAAUUACUAGGUGAUUUAAGUCGGUUUCCUUAUGAUGUCAUACUUCACAUUAUUUCAUACAUAGAUGAUGUACCAAGUUUAGUUAAUCUAUCUCAUACUUCACGUAUAUUUUAUGCAUUAACAUCAGAUGAAGAGCAUUGGAAACGAAUAUAUGUUGCCAAUAUCGAUAAAUUUGACAAUUUAUCAUGGCUUGGAUCUUGGAGAAACUCAGUGUUGCGGUUAUCUAUAGACCAUAAUGCCAAUUUACAAUUACCCAAUAAUUUACUUUGUUGUGAUGAAAUUUAUCGACCUUAUCAAUGUUCACAAGUUGAUUAUAAAUAUAUCUUUAGGAAAGUGAUACAGGAAGAGGAAAUGUAUCAUCAAGAUUCUUUGAAAUGUGAAUUGGGUAAAUUGCCAAAGGGGAGAAUACAACGUCUAAAUGAAGCCAAUUUUGGACUUGAUGAGUUUAAUCUACUGUAUCAUGAUACUCCGUUUAUUUUAACUAACCCCGAUGCCUCAAGGUGGCCACAUUGGACAUUUGAAUCACUUUUGCGUCGAUUUCCUCAAGUUAAAUUUAGACAAGAAGCAGUCAAUUGGGAUCUUGAGAAAUAUUCGCAGUAUUUGAAAUGCAAUCAAGAUGAGAACCCAUUGUAUCUAUUUGAUUGUAAUAGUGAGGCCAUGAAGAUUCUAAAGAAGGAAUAUAUUCCACCAAAGAUUUUUCAACAAGAUUACUUUACUGUAUUCGAUGAUGACAAAUUAGGCAUCAACUGUCGACCCGAUCAUGCAUGGCUUAUUAUGGGAUCAGCAAGAUCAGGUUCUACAUUCCAUAAGGAUCCGAAUUCCACUUCGGCCUGGAACGUAGCUAUUCAAGGACGUAAACUAUGGGUUAUGUUACCACCUGGAAUCCAACCACCUGGAGUAUCAACUGACGAUGAAGAAAGUGAAGUAACUUCACCCGUAGGAAUUGCAGAAUGGGUAAUUUCUGGGUUUUAUAACGAUGUAUUCAAGAUUAACAAUGGUGAUUCGGUCCAAGUCGGCAUUACAUUCCCUGGUGAAUGUAUGUAUGUGCCAGCCGGAUGGUGGCAUUUGGUUAUAAACAUUGAUGAUUCAAUUGCAGUUACUCAAAAUUUCGUGCCCCAGUCGAAACUACCCCACGUAAUAAAUUUUUUCAAAAACAAACCUCAACAGAUCUCGGGCUUCAGAUUGAAGGAAGUUAAGUCAUGUCUCGAAAUGAUAAUAAGAGAUGCGAGAGAUAGUAGGGCAUCGGUCGGUCCAGCUUUAAUGGACUGUUUGGACAAAUUCGAUCAUUUGGGUACUCAAAUAGACGACCUAGAUGAGGAUUGUGGAGAAUUGGCCAAUUUACCCAAACUUCCAAUCUUUGAAAUAUUCGUUCAUUUAUUGGAAAAAAAAGGGUACCAAAAUUUGGUGGCGGAAUCAUUGUUAAAAGUUAAGAAGUGGGAGGAAAAAGCAUAUCAAGAGGAAACUGGUAGAAGCAAGAAAUGGGAACAUUUGAUGGAAAUAGGGGGUGAGAAAAUUGAUGGAUCGGAGGGGCAGAAUGCUACUGGUGUGUUUACUUUUGGAUUUGAUGAAAGUGAUAUCGAAUAA